GCAGUCGCUGCCAUGCCUCACCUGUCGCCCUCCGAUCGUCCUCUCUCACGCGUGAGCUUGGCUCCUUCAGACACGACCUAUCACAGCUUCCACGAAGUCGAACUCUACGAACCCAACCUUGUUCCAGCACCUACACCGGGCCCGGCCGUCCGGAACUCUCCCGUGUUUCCCGCUUCCAAGGAGAACGACAUGUCGGUGGCGCCCGAGAUGAGCCGUCAGGACUCUGGCUACGGCUCCAUAUCCCGGCAGGACUCGCCAUCCUCUCAUCGACGCAUGUCAACAACGUCGGCCUCUUCGUCCGCACACCGGCGGCGCACAAGACCAUGUGUUCAGCGGUCGACAAAGUCUGGCCCCGUCUCGUACCUCCCGCGAAACAGCCGACGCCAGUCUAUCUCGACCCGUCCCGCCUACCAGUCACGCCAGUCGGAACCAAUAACAUUCUUCCACUUCCCCCAUUUCACCACCGCGGAACCCCCGGUGGACGAAACAGAAAUGACGGACAACGCCCGCCGUGCUCCGGAUUUCACGGGCGGGCCCAACUGUCCGUCGAGCUCCGAGACAUCGGCAUACCCUCUCCCGCCCCAGACAACACACUACUGGACAAGCGACCAGACACGACGGCUCGAAUACGCAGCCAUCGAUGCAGCUCGGAAGGGCGUUCGAGGCUGGGUCAUGCGCCACGUGGUCCCCGAUUGUUUCGUCCCGAAGAGUAAAAGACACAUGGGCUUCGAGGAUGAUCGGGGCAGCGUCGUGCGGUACCGGCUGGAGCUUGAUGCUGAGGACGGCCCCGAAAAGAGCGGCAAGCGGGGGAAGGGGUGGUGGGUCAGCAUGCGGAAUUUCCGUUGA